AGCGGAGAUUUUUUUCCGAGGCGUGCGAAUGGGAGUAGGCGCGCGAGUGGGCGCGCCGGCACGACAAGCGCGCUCUUCAGUGUUCUGGCUGAGCUUCAAGCGAACGCGUGCGGGCGGACUGUUAUCCGUCCUAUAGGUGCUAUACUCCUGGCUUAUGAAUUAAACAUACAGAACAAUUAUAGGAGCAAAAAAUCUGGACUUGUACAAUCAAAUCGUGAACAGUAACUGAGUGAACUCUUGGUUGGUGCCGCAUGCUCACGUUCCGAGAAGUUCGUAAGUGGACGGUGGCCCGACCAUGUUGAUAUCGGCGGGCAGUGGCCCCACGCCUGAAUUUUCCCCUGCCUCGUGCUGCGCACCCUGGAAGAUGGAACCGGCCCCUCCUGCGGCCGCAGCCAUCGCACAAACUCUCAAUUUAUCCCCUAAUGUGCCGGUUUCUCCAUCAUCGUCGGGGGGCGGUGGCGCGGGCGCGGGUAGCGGUACUCCACUAUACCCGGGUGCGACGUCGCAUCCCUUAUCAUCUCUGUUGUCUCAGCAGAGGUUGCUGGAACUUUCAAGAUUCGGACUGCGACACUAUGAUAUCGCUCAUCAUGUGUUGUCGCAGCAAGGCGCUGUUACCAAACUGCUCGGUACACUUCGACCACCAGGGCUUAUUGGUGGCAGCAAACCUAAGGUUGCGACGCCGGCCGUUGUAUCUAAGAUAGAGCAGUACAAAAGAGAAAACCCUACAAUAUUCGCAUGGGAGAUCCGAGAGCGACUCAUUUCUGAAGGUGUUUGUACGAAUGCAACAGCACCGAGUGUGUCAUCAAUCAACCGGAUAUUGAGGAACCGUGCUGCUGAGCGAGCAGCCGCUGAGUUUGCCAGAGCAGCUGGCUACGGUCUUUAUGCUGCUCCACCUCCAUACGGGGCAUUUCCCUGGGGCGGUGGCGGUGGAGUAUGGCCGCCUGGGACAUUGCCGUUGCCUCCAGGAGUUCCCACACCUGCCACUGGAGUCCCUCAUCCUGAUGCAGUGCAGCAAGGAUUUUUAACCUCCGGUCGAGGGUUAAUAGAUGUCGACGGCGAUGAUUCUGGCUCGCUAGAUGGAGAACAACCAAAGUUUAGGCGGAAUCGCACCACUUUUAGUCCAGAUCAACUCGAGGAAUUAGAGAAGGAAUUCGAGAAAUCUCAUUACCCAUGUGUGUCCACUCGAGAGCGGCUUGCUUCCAAAACAUCAUUAUCGGAAGCUCGCGUCCAGGUUUGGUUUUCUAACAGACGAGCCAAGUGGAGACGCCACCAGCGGAUGAACCUCCUGAAGCGCGGUGGCGGCUCGCCCCCGCACCGCCUUCCUCAUUCCCCCUCCCGCUCCCGUUCGCGUUCUUUAUCCCCGGCGCGCGUCCCUUAUCAUACUCCUCAGAUGGGCGGCGAAAAUAGUGCAUUCAAGGCUCUUUCACAUCAAGACACGAACACAUUGAAAGCCCUUUCGCAGCAAGCGCAGUUUGACAGCAAUACGCUGAAAGCACUAUCCCAGCAAACAUUCGAUGGUAGCGCUUUCAAAUCUCACCCAGCUCUUGAGAAUAGCGCUUUUAAAGCAUUAGUUCCGCAUUCAGCAGCUGCUGCGUUGCUUGCUGCUCAGUCGAUACAGUUAGCUCGAGGGUAUGAGUCCCACUCGGAUUCUGACGAAGAAAUAAAUGUUCACGACGAAAGCGACAAUGAGAGCGAAAAGCAGAAAAACAAAGAAAGGUCGAGAUCUGUGAGUCCUAAUGCGACACGACAGCGGCCCGCGGUCAGUGACUUGCCCCUACAGCUCACUAAACACGAUCGUUGAUGUAGAUUAAUGUUUACUUAUUUAUUUCCUUAAAGUAUUACAAUUAAUAUCAUUCCUAUUGAAUGUCCAUGUUCCGAAUAAUUAUGUAAAUUUCAACUCUAGAGUGCUAAUACUCCAGUUUGUUUGUAAAUUAAUGUAAAUACGUAGCUGGUUAAGUUGUUAAUUAAUGCAAAGAAGAUGGAUGGCUAAUAAAUUUAAAUAAGCACAAAAUAGUUCUGAUUUAUUUGUAUUGUACGACUAAAUAUCCGAAUUAAACGUAUUAUACCUUUAAUUAAAUAUUAGUUUUAAUUGUCGCUAAUUCGGAUAUUUUUGUUCUAUACCAAUUAUACAGAAAACUCCAUUCCGUUAUUGCUAUGUACAUAAAAUCAAUUAAAUUAAUAUUAUUGUGUAAUAAAUAUAUGUAAAAUAAAUUACACCGAUUAGUUCAAUUUUCAAUAAUUUGUAAAAUGCCAAAGUGUUAUGAUUUACAAAUAGAAAAGCACGGUUUCAGGAAAUGAGAGUUCCUAAUCCUUUUCUUAGUGACAUUAUACACAUACCAAUACAUAUCUACCUAUCGAAAAUAUUAAUGUGUUACAUUUGAAACUAUAUUGGAUUAUAAGAUAGGCAAGAACUGGACUAUUGUAUGAUUGUGAUGUUUAUGUACAUACAUAUUUAAAAAUACUGGGCACUGUAUACUAUUUAUUGAUUAGAUAAAUGUAAUUUAACUGUAAAAUGCAAUAAGAACAUAAGAAUCUAUUACGGAAAAUAAAAAAAGGAUAUCAGAA